AUGUCAUUUGCAUCCGCAUCUCACUAUAUCAACGAUGUUUCACAACAAGGUGAUCGUCGCUUCUACGGUGGCUCCGAACACUCUAGUAGCGACGAGGACGGUGACCAUAUAAUGGGUGAUGAUAAAUUCGGCUCACCAGCAACUAUGGCCAAGUCGCAGACGACAUCAUCAAAAACACCAAAGUCGAGGAGGCGGGGUACUGCAACUACCAUCAAGGCACCCAAGCGGGCACGGACAGCAGGCGGAGGGGCCAGGAAAGGCACGGCCAAGGGAGCAGCAACAACAACAGGAGGAGGCGGAACCAGGAAGAAGAUCGACACAUCAGCGACGACUCUACCUAGCGAAUUCGACGACGGAGGUAGUCCAGCCGGUAGCCUAGCCGGUAGGCAAGACGGAGGAGGCAGCGGAAUGAGCGAGUCCGACAGCGGCCCCUACUGUAUCUGCGGCGGACCUGACAAUCAUCGGUUCAUGAUAGCAUGUGACCGUUGCGAGGACUGGUUCCACGGCGAGUGUAUCGACAUGGACAAGUACACAGGCGAGAACCUGGUGCAGAGAUAUAUCUGCCCCAGGUGUGCCGUUCCCGGCCGUGGCUUGGUUACUCGGUACAAGAAGAUGUGCUCGCUCGAUGGGUGUGACCAGCCGGCCAAGAUUUACGAGGAUGCCAGAGAGGAGCGCAGCAUUUUCUGCUCGCCGGAACAUUGCAAUGCAUGGUGGGAUCAGCUGGUUGCUACGCUGCCACGAACAAGAGAGGUGGGCAUGGACAAAUUGACUCGGCAGGAGUUUAUGGGACUCUUGAAUCCGCCGGAUAGUAAACCAGGCCAUGAUGAUCCGCCAUGGCAUCUUGGGGAUGAACCUUUCGGCGUCCCCCCAAAUUUCUGGAACACCGCCGACCUCUCAGUAGUCCUCACGCCAGAAGAGCGGUCCAUCCUCGACCGCUCCGCCGCCGACCGCUACGCUCUGGGCGAGGAGAUUGGGCUCUGCAAGAAGAUGCUCCAGCUGCUCGACAUGGCGGUGAAGCGACGCGAGGCGGCCAUCAUGGCGGGGAAGGGCACGGCCAAGGAUCUGUGCGGCUACGACACGCGGCUGGACACAGUCGGGGCAAUUCACGCGUUUAGUGUCUUUUUGAAGAGCGACGAGGGAGAAGCGAUUUUUAAGAGGGGACGGAUGGACGCGCCUACAGAUUUGUUGGCUUUGUUGUCGGAAUCUGCGGUGCGUAUCAAGAGUGAGCACGAAGAUGAAGACGACGAGGAAGACGGCGACGAUGAGGAAGAUGAGGAAGGUAGUGUCAAUGGCGUCAAUGGCUGGGACCGCCGCAACGGAAUCAACGGUGUUCCUAAAAUUGACCCCCUGACGGCAGGCAUGUGCACCAAGAAGAAGUGCAAGCCACACUCUGGUUGGAUGGGGAUCCUUUCCAAGAAUGUCAAGCACACCAUGAAGGAGCUCGCGGCGGAGGCAAAGGAGAAGUUGGAUACCGAGACAAGGGUUCGCGCUAGUGCGGCGGGGAGGUAUAGGAGGAAAAUGAAGGAGGAUAAUAGGGUGGUGGUGCUUUAUCGCAGUUCGGAUGAGGAGAUGAGUGAUGAAGAUGAGGAGAUGGGUGGUCAGUGA